UUUCAUUGCAUGAGCUAAAUAUUCGCACACAAGUUUCAGUUAAGCUUAAAAUGAGUUUAACUCUCUGUUUUACAAGUAAAGCACCAGAAAGGUGGUCAAUUCGACAGUUAUUCACCACUAGAGCAAAAUUGGUUCGUACAAUCAUCAAUUACAACCACUCGCUAAAGAAGCCAUCGGUUGCUAUUCACUGGAUAUCUCGCGGCACGAGACGUUUCGCUGUCGAUAAAUAUACGGACAAAAUACCUUACACAAUGCCAAGCAAGAGGAAAACUACAUUUGAAAGUAAAAGGAGAGCAUGUAAAGCGAUUGUUGAUGGUUUGCUUCCAGAGCUUCCAAGCAAACCUCCAGGACUGUUUGGUUUAUUUGUGUCAGAGCAUUAUUCCAAAGUCCAAGGUGAUGUUGCCUCAGGAAAAAGUCCCACUGAAAUUUUGACACAUUUGUCCAUGAAAUGGAAGACUCUUUCGAGUGCUGAGAAAGUGCAAUUGAAACACAGACACGAUGUUUUGAAAGAGGAAUACAAACGGGAAGUCAUGAAUUUGUGGAAAGGACUGAACACCGAGAGGCGAGUUCUUCUGGAGAAAUUGCAAGGUCCAAAAUUACGACAACUCGCAAAUGCAAGGCAAGAACUCCUAGAAUACCCAAAGAAGCCUCUAUCUCCUUUUCUCCUUUUUGUGAAGAAAAACGCAGAAACUGUGAACGCUUCGUCUGUGAUUGAGCGAACGAAGAUAAUGGGUGAAAAAUGGAAGGAAAUGUCGGCUGAUGAAAAGGAAGUAUUCUUUAUGGAAAGCCUAAAAGCGAACGAACAAUACCUCCACGACGUGGUUAAAUGGAAAGAAAAGCACCCUGAGGCCGCUACAAAUGAGGAUAUCUAGUUAUAAUGUUUUUUAAUGCUGUACUGUGGGUGAUGAAUGAUGAAAAUUUAGGAGUCCUCUGCCUUCGUAAGUGACAUACUUUCAAAAUGGCGUCCUUACCAUUAGCAAUCGUUGCAGCAAGUUAACUGGACACUUAUUGCAGUAAUCUUUUUUUUAUUAUUAUUUUGAUUGUCUCAGAAGCUAAACUUGACAUUCAAAUUCAUAAUUUAUCAGCUGUAUUAAGGGGUUACGUCGGAAGAUUUUUAUCUGGCGAGCUUUUCGUGGAGCAUAAUUCAAACUUCCUCGCGUGUACUUUCCAUAGCAUAUUUGAUUGUUGUUGUUAAUAUUUGGGGGGGAAGGUAAUCUUCACCUUACUUUAUUCUAUGCAUGUUCUACUUGAAAUUGUAGUACAUGUACUUUGCAGGCAUGUUAACUAUUAACGUCCUGAAGGGUAUACUUAGCUGGUAGAAUUUAUCAAGUUCAAUCUUGUUGCCUUUCGUUGCAAUUGAGAAUGAAUUAUAAACGAUUGGCGAUUGCAGUCGGUAUGUCCAACACA